GGCGUCCUCCGUUGCUACGGAAGCGAUGGCGGCGGCCCCGGGCCCGCGGGAGGAGGCCGAGGAACGGCGGCGGCUGCUCCGCGCAGUGACCCGGCUGCAGGCCGGCGUCCGGGGCUUCCUGCUGCGGAGGCGGCUGCGGAGCGUGCGAGCGGAGUACGAGGAGGUGGUGAGGGAGAUUGAGGGGGACCUGAGCGAGCUGCAGUGGAGGGGCCUCUGUCUGCCCAGACCCGUCUUCGUCCCCAAGCCAAUGAAAGAGAAGUGCUCAGCAAUGCAAGAAGCUGUAUCAAAUGACAAGGACAGCACAGAGAAAACACAGCAGGAGCUGGAUGUUUCUAAACCAGAACGGGAUUGGGGCUCCAGCAAUAGCGUGAAACCUACAGCCCAGCUGCAAAGUGAGAAAGAACUGAAUUCCAUGGGUGGGUGCAAUGCAGCAAGGCCCUCAAAUCUAGGGGCUGCUGCAGGUAAAAGCACUGAAAGAAGGUGCAGUGCCCCAGCACAGAGCAAGGAGUGGCAGAACACCAGCAGCAUUUCAUCUGUAUGGGACAGCACUGACCUGGAACCAGGCUCCCUCAAAGCCUGCCUGGAAAUUCCACUUGUGGAUGUAAAGGAGCUUCCCCGAACUCGGCCUGGCCUCCAGUCCUUCAGAAAUCACUUGAUCAUGGAGCUGCUGUGGCUGCAACAAGCCAUCGACAGCCGUAAAAAUUACCUGAAGCUGAAACAGAGGCUGGAGUCUCCUGACAGCUAGGAAGGCAUUCCUGAGCAUGUGGGAUGUUUUGUACUGCUGUGGAGGAGCAGAGGAGCUGCAGCACCAAAGUCAACAUGAUUUCACAGACAGCAGCACCCUGGGGGAGCUCCAACUCUGUGAGCUGAUGUUCUCUUCAUCAGAUUCAUGUGGCAAAAGACUUUUAUUUCUUUUAAAUGUGAAUAUUUGGUCAAAGCAGGGAUUAAGUGAUGCUGUGACACUAAGGAGGUUAUGUGUCUUGGAGGGAGUCCUCCCUCCACAAGAACCCAUCCUAAGGGUAAAUUGAGGCUGGGAAAAUUGUCACAAAAGUUCCACUUUGACCAGCUCAUUGCUUUGGUGGAAUUAAAAUGCCUGAAGGCCACAGGUGCUUUGAA